AUGGCCAACCCAGACUCCGACUUCAAGACCACUGGCGAGGAGGAGACUCUCGCCCCCGCGCAGAACGACUAUGAGUCGCGCACCGGCCAGAAGGACCACAUCCCCGUUGUUAAGGAUGACGCCGACAUCGAGGACCCCAUCGACGGCGAGACCGCCGACUCCGAUGCUCAGCUUGAACGUGACGAUGCUGAUGCCAUCGACAAGAGCAACAUCAUCGAUGAGCGCACCCGCGGUGCCGUGAAGAACUACCAAGAGCCCGGCGACGAGGAGGGUCUUGGUGGCCCAGAUGAUGGUCGCAGCCGUGUUGCUGGUGGACCAAACUGA